AUGCUCACCCGGUUCAUCACAGAGGUGACGUCGCGGUUCAAUCCGUUCUCGGUGCGGUCCAAGGCGGCGCGGCUGUUUCUGACGCAGCUGCCGCCGACGGCGCGCGACCAAGGCAUGCUCGUGACGACACAGCUGCUGCCGCGGUCGUCCACCGAACCCAGCACGCUGACGGUCAAGUUCAAGGACGGCAAGGUCAUGAAGCUGGACUGCGAGGAGAUGGGCAUCAAGCGCGUGGUGGAGGAGGUGGACCGGCACUCGCGAGCGCUGCAGAAGGCGGCCGACCUUGCAGACGGCUAA